ACUGAUAUUGCAUAUUGGCUGUUGAAGUAAUAUGUUUGUUUGGCGAUAAAUAUAUCCGACUCUGUCGAGAUAAAAUACGAGUAUAUUAAAUCUACUGUUUACGUAAUCGUAGACGAGGCAAGCGGAUUGCCUGCCAGACGUGAACGCCGCCGAGUGACAAGUAGCAGCUACUCUGAACUGACGCGACCCGACCCCUGCGCCGCGCGUUUUAAAUUGCUUUUAUAACAGAAUCAUUCCGCAGUUACUUCACUGCUGUAUUUACGCAGUCUAUCAUAUUUAUCGUUCCAUCUACAUAACAUUAUAACAUGGCUGAUAAAAAAUACGUUUUGGGAAUGGAUAUUGGUACGACGUCAGUGAAAGUGUGCGUUUUUGAUUCAGACGCGAAGGAAAUAGUCGCCAAACAAAGCAAAGAUACAGCAGCUAACAUCCCAAGUGAUCAAGGUAUAGAGGGUAAUAAGCAAGAUGUGCCGAAAAUAGUAUCAGCUGUUCAUUACUGUGUUUCGCGUCUUCCUAGAGAUAUAUUACGACAUGUGACAAAAAUUGGCGUCUGCGGGCAAAUGCACGGAGUUGUUUUAUGGAAAAAUGGAGCAUGGGAAAAAAUUGAAAAAGAUGGUGUAAUAAACAGAUUUGAAGCAAUCAGGGAGAACAUGUCAGCAUUGUACACAUGGCAAGAUGUCAGAUGCAAACCAGAAUUUUUAGAGACCCUCCCCAAACCGGAUUCUCACCUUAAGUGUUAUUCAGGCUAUGGCUGUGCGACACUUCUUUGGAUGUUGAAACAUAAGCCAGACAAACUAAAACAUUUUAACUGCUCCGCCACAGUACAAGACUUUGUUGUAGCAAUGCUAUGUGACCUUGACAUACCCAUAACUUCAGACCAAAAUGCUGCAAGUUGGGGUUAUUUUAAUACAGAAAAAAAUGAGUGGAAUAUUGAGAUACUAAAAGGUCUUGAUUUUCCAGUAAAUCUUCUUCCUAAUAUUAAAAAGAGUGGAGAGAUCGUGGGAUGCCUUAACAGCUCAUGGAAUGGAAUUCCUGAAGGUACACCAGUUGGAGUAGCAAUGGGUGAUCUCCAAUGCUCUAUAUUAGCAACUCUAGAAAUGAGAACAGAUGCUGUAUUAAACAUAUCUACAUCUGCACAACUCGCUUUUGUAGUGGAUGGAAUUUCAGAUAUAGGCUGUAAAACUGUUGAACAUCUGCCUUAUUUUAAUAAUACUUAUUUACUUGUAGCUGCCUCUCUAAAUGGAGGUAAUGUAUUAGCAACAUUUGUGAAAAUGUUGCAACAAUGGAUGCUUGAAUUUGGAUUUCCUAUUCCACAGUCAAAAGUGUGGGAGAAAUUAAUUGCUAUGGGAUUAGAAGCACCAGCUGAAACAACAAUGAGAAUAUCCCCACUCCUACUUGGUGAGAGACAUUCACCAACAGCUAGAGCGUCAGUAGAAAAUAUAAACCUAUCUAAUAUACAAUUAGGGCAAGUAUUUAGAUCUUUAUGUGAUGGCAUAAUUGAUAACAUACAUUUUAUGAUGCCUAAAGACAUAUUGCGCAAUGCAAAUAUAACAAGAAUUGUGGGAAAUGGUUCUGGUUUAUCAAGAAACAAAGUUUUGCAAAGGGCUGUUGAGCAUUAUUACAGUUUACCACUUGAGUUUACAUGUGGGGGGGAUGCAGCUAAAGGAGCAGCAAUUGCUGUGAUAAAUAAUCAAUAAUUUUGUACAAAAGUAUUUUUGCUUACAUUAUGAUUACAAGCAUGUACUAAACAAAUAUGUGAGACCAUUUAAAAACGUCUUCAUAAUGAUAAGUUUUAAUUAAAAGAUAUAUAAAAUCCUAUAAUUUUGCAAUUCCAAAAUGUGUUAUAGCUUAUAAAAAAGAUAUCUAUAUUUUUUAUUUGUAUAAAUAUUUUACAAUUCUAUGGACACGAUUUAAAAGAAAGAUAAACUAAAGUAUUUUUUAAUACAAGGCAUAAGUUUGUGUUACAUACUGAAGUAUUCAGUAGAAUUUUAGCCUAUGCCAUAAUUUGAUAGUCAUAAAAAGUAAAUAAGUGUUAAAGCUUUAAUAUUGCUUACCAACUGUAAUUUAGUUGCGAACCUGUUUUUAGUUUUUUCCUUCUAAGUUCUAGGCUAAAAAUAAACAUGUGUGAUGAGUGAAAUAAGAAAUUAAUACCACAGAAGUUUAAUUGAGAAACGAUAGCUGUCACAUUGACGGCAGAGUCCAUUGCGUGAAUUUUUUUUUAGUUUAUGGCCUGGUAUCUAGACCUUUAGGCGAACAGAGUUCAGUGAAGUUUUGAAUUACAACAGAAUAAUAAAUAUAUUCUACGAAAAUUUAAUAAGUUAAAUUAUACUCUGAAUUUUAAUUUCGUAAAAUUCUGACAUUUCAUAAGUGUUGCUACUAAAAAAGUUCCACCGAAAAAGGAUGUGUCCCUUUGACUCAUUUGAGGACAAUAAAAAAUAAAAUGCUA